AUAGUGUAAGACAUUUAUGUAAGUCAAUGAUGAAUUUAUUAGACUCAAGAAGGAAAUAAAGACCAAGCCUCUUUUGGCCCCAAAAAAAUACCAGAAAGAACUGCUCCAUAAUGCAAAUAUAUCCAUCAUAUUCAAAGCUAGCGUGUAUCUUUGCUUCAUUCGCUACUUUUCCUCCUACUUAAAGAACCUGAGAAUAGCAUAUAUAUUUCUUUGAGUUGUCCGUCAAUAUUUUCAUUUACUAAAUUCUAUGGGAAAUAAGAAAGAAAGAUCUUCUUCUUCUUGGUUGACUGCUGUUAAAAGAGCUUUUAGAUCUCCUACUAAAGACCCUGAAAAGAAGAAACAAAAUAAAAGAAGAGAUGAUAAUAAUCAACCUAUGGAAGUUGACGAAGAUGAAGAAGAAAAGAAGAAGGAAAAGAGAAGAUGGCUUUUCAGGAAGUCAACUAAUCUUGAAAAUGGGACAACACAUCAGACUACGAUUACAUCGGAGAAUGAUGAUGUGUCCGCUCCUGCAGCUGAAGGAGCGGACCAAAGGCAUGCCAUUGCAGUGGCUGUGGCAACUGCAGCCGCAGCUCAGGCUGCAGUUGCCACAGCUCAGGCAGCUGCAGAAAUAGCUCGACUGGCCAAACCGCAUAUUUCUAGAUUCUAUAGUUCUCCUAUUUAUGCUGGGGAUAGAGAGCAUCAGUCUGCAAUUAUAAUUCAGACAGCUUUUAGGGGAUAUCUGGCAAGAAGGGCUCUAAAAGCACUAAAAGGUCUAGUGAAAUUGCAAGCUUUAGUGAGAGGUCACAAUGUUCGGAAACAAGCGAAGAUGACUCUCAGAUGUAUGCAAGCUCUGGUUCGAGUUCAAGCGCGAGUACUUGACCAGCGGUUUAGGCAAUCUCAAGAAGGAAGUAGAAAAUCAACAUUUAGUGACACCAGUAGCAUGUGGAAUUCACAGUAUCUUCAAGAUAUCAUAGAUAGAAAAUCAAUGUCAAGAGAGGGAAGCAGCAUUCCAGAUGAUUGGGAUGAAAGGCCUCACACAAUUGAAGAGGUAAAAGCAAUGUUACAAAAGAGAAAAGAAGCUGCUUUGAAACGCGAAAGGACCUUAUCCGACGCCUUCUCUCAACAGACACGGAGAGCAGGAAGAAAUUCCUCGAUAGGAAGUGAAAGUGAUUUUGGAGAAAAGCAUCAGUGGAUGGACCGGUGGAUGGCUGCGAAAUCAUGGGACAACAGCAGGGGAAGAGCAUCAACUGAUCAAAGUAUUGACCCUGUUAAAACUGUUGAAAUGGAUACGUCGCAACCUUAUUCAUAUUUAGCUCCUAAUUUAAGAAGAUUGGAUGAACGACAACAACAUCAACAACACCAACGACCAAGUUCACCCCUUCAUAGAUCCUACCAAAAUCAAUCUUUUCAAUUCCCAGUUACACCUUCUCCAUCCAAAACUAGACCUAUUCAAGUCCGUUCUGCAAGUCCUCGAUGUCCAAGAGAUGAUAGAAGUAGUAACGGAGCUCAAACUCCAAGCCUGAGGCCUAAUAGUAACUACUCAGUCAAUGGUAGCUCACACCAACGUAAUAGACUAACUCCCGGUGCUGCACCAAUUCCUAACUACAUGGCUGCUACCGAGUCUGCCUUGGCAAGAAUCCGUUCACAAAGCGCCCCACGACAGAGGCCUUCAACCCCGGAGAGGGAUCGAACAGGGUCAGCCAAAAAACGGCUUUCUUUCCCUAUCCCUGACCGUUAUGGCAAUGUUCCUAUAGGUUAUGGAGCAGGUUAUGAACAUAGUCUGAGGAGUCCAAGCUUUAAGAGCCUUAAUGGAGUACAUUUCGUAUAUGAACAACAAUCUAACUAUUCUUCUUGUUGCACGGAGAGUCUUGGUGGCGAGAUCUCUCCUUCAUCAACGAGCGAUUUGAGGAGGUAUUUGAGGUGACCAAAGGGCAAUAAUAAGGCGAUCAAUGUACAUGUUAAUGCAACUUAUCAUCCUGAAGCAUAGUUGGACUAUUAGAAACCCCUUUUCUUGUUUCUUUUGUUAUAUUUAGCUUUGUUUGGAGUCUCAUUUCUUUUAACCAUUGCACCUUUCUUGUUCUGAAGGGAGCCUUGUCCGUGUGACCUAUAGGUCACGGGUUCGAGCCGUGGAAUCAGCCAGCAUUAGGGUAGGCUGCAUACAUUACACCCCUUGGGGUGCGGCCCUUCCCCGGACCAUGCGUGAAUGCAUCCACCGGGCUGCUACCUUUCUUUGUUCUGACUUCUAAUGUACUUGAACCCAUUGAUGUGCUAGUCAAGCAUAGUGUAACUAGUCUUUUGAAGCAUUUGUUUAGUGAAGUAGCAUUUAUCUUACUGUUAGGAAUAAUAUUGAUGUGAUCACUACUUACAUGUGUUUUUUUCAUACUUGUAAUAUCUCACAAGUGCAAAAAACUACAUUGAUUUUCAGUUGAACUUAAGAAUAGUUAUAGUCU